UUAAUGCUAAUGCUAAUGCUAACGGAACGUUCCGUCAGUGGGCUGCGCACAGAGGAGCGCUCGCGCUGGUCUUUGUUGCGUCUCGCGGCCUGCAGGGAACCCCGGGAAACUUUCUCUGUCGUCACUGAUGCAGGAGCAGUUCUGGAAAGUUCCACGGUGCUGCUUGAGUCUGACGUGGUGCCCAAGACUGCUGAGAACUUCCGCGCCCUCUGCACCGGAGAGAAGGGCUUCGGCUACAAGGGCUCCAUCUUCCACCGCAUCAUCCCUCAGUUCAUGUGCCAGGGAGGCGACUUCACCAACCACAAUGGAACUGGUGGAAAGUCCAUCUAUGGCAACAAGUUUGCUGAUGAGAACUUCACGCUGAAGCACAGCUGCGAAGGCAUCCUGUCCAUGGCCAACGCCGGGCCGAACACUAACGGAUCCCAGUUCUUCAUCUGCACGGUCAAGACGUCAUGGCUGGAUGGGAAGCACGUGGUGUUCGGCCAGGUGGUGGAGGGGAUGGAGGUGGUGCAGAAGAUGGAGUCCUACGGCAGCCAGAGUGGCAAAACCUCUCAGAAGAUCGCCAUCGCCGACUGCGGGCAGCUCUAAACUCAACGCUACACCUGCGCUGCUCAUCCUGUAGCCACGCCCACGUAGCCCCGCCCCUCCCUGCAUUCAACAUUCCUAUUGAUGGAGAAGAUCAACCCCGCCUCCUGCCACGCCCCUUUUUUAUUCUGUUGACAACUUGCUGCAUUUGUAACUUUUAAGUUUCUUUUGCAUUAACGUCUUUUUGUCCCAACAUUUUUUAUUUUAAGUGUCAAAAAAUGAAGAAGAAGAAAAUAAAACAGAAACGUUGCCUUGACGAUGAA